GUGAACUUUAAUAACGUUACAGUAUCAAAACAUAGAGUCGCACUCUCACUUCUACCUCCUUGCAUCAGCAUUACAAAGACUCCUCAAGAGGCUUUUAAUCCAUUCACACAAUGACUCGAAGAUCAUUUCAAGUGUGGAUUUUCCUGCUGUGUGCUUAUCAACUCUUUUCACGCGCAACAGACCAGAAAGUCAUCCCAGCUGAGUCUGGAGGGAAUGUCACUCUGCCAUGUCGAGCUCCAGACAAGGACAUUCCCAUCAUAGUUGUAGAGUGGAGCAGAGCUGACCUGGAAGAUGAUUAUGUCCUUUCCUACCGGGAUGGGCAGUUUGAUCCUGAGGACCAGCAUCCAUCUUUUAAGAACCGGGUGGAUCUGCAGGACAGACAGAUGAAGGAUGGAGACGUUUCUUUCAUUCUGAAGAAUGUGACGAUAAAUGACACUGGAACAUACGAAUGUCGUGUUGUUCAGAGAAGAACAAGCCGCAGGAAGAGAGCUCAUCUGAAGACUCACCCCAUCAGCAUCAUCACUCUGAGUGUUGUUGAUCCUCCAGGUCAGACAGGAGGACACACAGAGGAUGGAGGGAAGGAGGAUGAAGGGGAGAAGGAUGGAGGGAAGAAGGAUGGAGGGAAGAAGGAUGGAGGGAAGAAGGAUGGAUCUGUUGGACUGAAAGUUGGUCUGUCAGUUUCUGCUUUGCUUCUUGCUGCUCCCGUUCACCACAGCGGAUCAUCUACCUCCAUCUCACUCUGUCUCCAGCAUCCUCCUCUGGAACACCACCCCUCUGCACAUCCUCCUUCACCACAUCCAUGAAUCUUCUCUGAGGUCUUUUCCUCCUGUCUGGCAGCUCCAUAUUCAACAUCUUUGGCCCAGUAUAUUCCCAUUCCCUCUCCUGCAAAUGUCCACUUUGAAUGUAAUCUUAGCAAUGAUGAAGAUGACUGGGAUUUUUUUCUGUACUCAUGAGCCUCCUGGUUCUAUUAUCAGAAACUUUCUGAUCUGUUGAUGCUAUUUCUACCCAAGCUCUCCCCCUUCACGUCCCUGUUUUUACUCCACAAGUGUUUUUAUACCACAAAAAUCACAUGCCUUGAUAUGACUGUUAUUGUUGUUAUAUAAAACCUAUAUAAUAAAGCCUAUAAAUUAAAGAAAAUCAAUCUCCAA